AUGUCACUGUCGCGGCGUGCAUCGGUGCCGAGCCGGAAGCGCGCGACGCCGGGAGCGGCGCCUGUGCGGACGCAGCGCGUGGAGCGUGAGCCGGCGCUGGAGAAGCUUGCCGAAGGAGCGCUUCAGCUCGACGACGACGAGGAGGGAGACGAAGACGAGGAGGAGGACGACGAGGAGCACGAGUUUCCCGAGCUCGACGUCGAGGAGGAUGACGAAGAGGACGAGGACGAGGAGGACGAGGAGGAAGAGGACGAAGACGAAGACGAGGAGGGAUUCGACUCGGACGAUAUCGACAACUGGGACGACUCGGACGACAAAGUCCACGGCGAUGUCGCAGCCACGGUCGGUGAUCUGGAGGAUGCCGAGGAAGGCGAUGCGGCGCUUGCGCGCAUGAUUGCGCGCGAGCGCGUCAAGCCGAACGAGAGCGCGCGCGAGACGAACCGUCUCGGUAUCGACAAAGCGCACGCCGCGCGUUUCUACGACGACGCACGCAACGAUGACGGCUCGAUGCGCGGCCGUGUCGUGCGCUCUGCCAUCACGGGCGGGGAAAAGAUGGAGUACCCCCCCAUUGAGCCCGAGUACGACAGCGACUCGAGCACCGAAGAGGCCGAGAACCGCAUCGGCAACGUCCCGCUGCAGUGGUACGACGACCUCCCCCAUCUCGGCUACGAUAUCAAUGGCAAGCGCGUCAUGCGCCCCGCGCAGGGCGACGAGCUCGACAAGUUCCUCGACACGGUCGAGGGCGACGGCGAUGCGUGGUUCUCUGCGCACGACAAGCUGGGCGGCAAGGACGUGAAGCUCACCGACGAGGAGCUCGAUAUCAUCCAGCGUCUGCAGCGUGCCGAGAUCCCCCUGGACAAGUACGAUCCCUACGAGCCGGCCACGGACUGGUUCACUGGCAAGGAGCACCAGCUGACGAUGCCGAUGACGGCGCGCCCCGAGCCCAAGAGCCGUUUCGUCCCGUCCAAGUGGGAGCACAAGAAGGUGAUGAAGAUUGUGCGUGCCAUCCGCCAGGGCCGGAUCGUCGCGCACGCGCCGGGCAAGGAGAAGCCCGCGUUCUACAAUAUCUGGAGCGAGAGCGACACGCCGCGCGCCGACCAUGCGAUGCACAUGCCGGCGCCCAAGCUGCCGCUGCCGUCGCACGUCGAGUCGUACAACCCCCCCGAGGAGUACCUCUUCAACGACGAGGAAAAGGCCGAGUGGGAGGCCGCGGACCCCGAGGACCGCAAGCUGUCGUACAUGCCGACCAAGUACGGCGCGCUGCGCCUCGUGCCUGGCUACGAGGCCGCGAUCCAGGAGCGGUUCCAGCGCUGCUUGGACCUGUACCUCGCGCCCCGCGUGCGCCGCAAGCGCCUCGACAUCGAGAACCCCGAGGACCUCUUGCCCAAGCUCCCGUCGCCGCGCGAGCUGCGGCCCUUCCCGACGCACACCGACGUGGUGUACGCGCACGCCGGGCGAGUGCGCACCGCCGCGCCGGAUCCGACCGGCAACUGGCUCCUGACCGGUGCCGAGGACGGCUUCGUGCGCCUGUGGGACACGGCGCUCGGCCGCAGCGUCGCGGCGUGGGACAUGAACGUGGGCGUGGCGAGCGCCGACAAAGGACCGGUAUACAGCGUGCAGUGGUGCCCCACGAAGCAGUACGCGCUCGCGGCGGUGGCGUGCGCGGGCCGCGUGACGCUCCUUGCGCCGCCGCAGUGUGCGCCGCGCGCCGACGGCCCGACGGCCGGGCAGCAGGUCGCGACCGCGGCCUUUGCCACCGUCGCGCCUGCGACCGAGGGGCCGGUGCGCUGGGCGCGGCCGUCCGAGACGGAGCGUGCGUCUGGCGUCUGCGCGCACGUCCACCUUUCCGCCCAGCGCGCGAACAAGACCACGCCGCUCGUCCCGAAGCAGGUGCGCUGGCACGGCCGCGGCGACUACUUUGCGACGGUGUGCCCCGACGCGGGCCCCCAGGCGGUGCUCAUCCACCAGAUCUCCAAGCACCGGUCGCAGGCGCCGUUCAAGCGUGCGCGGCGGCAGAGCAGCGCGGCGUUUGCCGUGCAGUGUGUCGCCUUCCAUCCCUCGCGUCCGCUGCUGUUUGUCGCGACGCAGCGCUACGUGCGCAUCUUUGAUCUCGUGCAGCAGGCUUUGCACAAGACGCUGCAGCCGGGUGUGCGCUGGAUCAGCUCGAUGGACGUGCACCCGAGCGGCGACCACCUGCUCGUCGGCUCGUACGACCGCCGCGUCCUCUGGUUCGACCUGGACCUCUCCGAGCGGCCGUACCGCACGCUGCGCUACCAUACACGCGCGGUGCGCGCGGUGGCGUUCCACCCCCGGUACCCCUUGUUUGCCACCGCGUCGGACGACGGUACCGUGCACGUAUACCACUGCACUGUCUACUCGGACCUGCUGCAGAACGCGCUGAUCGUUCCCCUGAAAGUCCUGCGUGGGCACAAUGUCGUGGAUUCGCUCGGCGUGCUCGAUGCACAGUGGCACCCGACGCUGCCGUGGCUCGUGAGCGCGGCCGCGGACGGCGACGCACGCCUCUGGACUCCGUAG